GCGCCACGAUUUUAGUAACUCCGAAAAUCGUAGCGUUGUGCAUCUCCUUACUGAUCUCUGUCUUACAUAAGACAGUCGACUAUCUUCGUUUUACCUUUAUCCACAUUUGCAAAAUGGCUGCCAGCAGAAUUAAUAUUAUUGCGAGAUCAUUCUCCUCUUCUGCUGCUGUACAGCAGAUGGUCAAGCCGCCAGUGCAGGUGUUUGGGUUAGAAGGCCGUUACGCUACUGCCUUGUUCUCUGCUGCCAGUAAGCAGAAAUCGUUGGACGUUGUUGAGAAGGACUUAAUUAAGUUUCAGGGUCUCUUGAAGACAGACGCAAAAUUAGCUGAAUUCGUGAAGGAUCCUUCGAUAAAGCGCAAAUCCAAGGUUGAGGCCUUUAAAGGCAUUGGUGGAGCAGCCAACCUGAACCCAGCCACUACAAACUUGUUAGCUCUUCUCGCAGAGAAUGGACGUUUGGGAAAGAUUAAUCAAGUAAUCAAUGCAUUCAAGGUCAUCAUGGCUGCUAAUAGAGGAGAAGUAGUUUGUGAAGUAAUCACUGCAAAACCAUUGGAUGCUGACAGCAAAAGCAAAUUGGAGGGUGCUCUUAAGUCGUUCCUUUCCAAGGGACAAACGCUUCUGCUUACAACCAAAGUUGAUCCAUCCAUCAUUGGCGGUAUGGUUGUAUCCAUUGGUGAUAAGUACGUCGACAUGAGCAUCUCUAGCAAAGUCAAGAAGUACUCUGAGCUCAUCAGUGCUGCAGUUUGAGCAAUACGUAUGUGCUUCAUUUUCUAAUUGGAUUGAUCAACCAUCCACUACUUUCAUGUAGUUAAGUGCAAUCGCAACGAUGCACAUUAAAAAUAACUAAUGUUAUUAAUAAAUGAAUAUAGGAAUAAAUGAUUUAUUUAAUAUUCCGUUAA